AUGAAAUAUCUUCAGCUACUCAUUUCGGAAGCUUUCUCCACUGAUGCAGCAGUAUUCGGGGUGAGAAAUGGCAGUCCCGAUUCCUCGGAUAUCUUAAUUUACUACCAAAACGUUGGUGGUAUCAACAGCUCUCUCGUAGAGUACCAAUUGGCUCUGAGUGAUGGCUCCUACGACAUUUACGUCUUUUCCGAAACCUGGCUCAAUGGAAACACUGCAUCAAGUCAGCUGUUCGACAACUCUUACUCCGUCUACAGGCAGGAUCGUUCGUCGCUGAAUAGUAACAAACGCACGGGAGGUGGUGUAUUGUUGGCUGUUCAUUCAAGGAUCAAAUCCCGUACGCUCAAUCCUCCGAGUUGCUCGACGGUAGAGCAUCUGUGGAUCGCUAUUACCACUUUGGACGCUACACUUUACCUGUGCGUAGUUUACAUGCCUCCUGAUAGGGUAAACGAUGGACCUUUGAUCAACCAACAUCUUGACUCUCUCUAUUGGGUUGUUUCACAACUAGAACCGAGAUACAACAUUAUGAUCCGGGGCAACUUCAACUUGAGCUCAAUCUCUUGGCAGCAUAACUCGCAUGGCUUUCUCUACCCGGUUUCUUCUCAAUCCUCGAUCUGCUUGACAUCACAAGAACUGCUUGAUUCCUAUUGCACCGCUGGACUGAGGCAAAUGAUAGGAAUCAAAAAUGAAAACGAUCGCAUACUUGAUCUGUGCUUCUUCAACGAAGAACUAUGUGAGCACUGCACAGUCAUGCAAGGACCAUCACCACUUGUUAAAAUAGUGCGACAUCAUCCUCCUAUACUGGUGAAUCUCAAUUUGAAACCUUUCCGACAAUUUCACGAUGCUUCUGAAAGUGUUUCGUACGAUUUCAGUAAAACUGAUUUUACCGCGAUGAACAAUUUCCUCGCACAAAUCGAGUGGAUAGAUGUUUUUCAAGGCUGUGACGCUAACCUCGCUGCAUCGAUCAUGUCGAGUAUUCUACUGUAUGCAAUCGAUCAGUUUGUUCCAGUGAAGACGAAAUAUGAGGAUACCAAGCCUGCCUGGUCAAAUGGUGCCCUGAAGUAUCUUAAAAGAGUGAAGCAGUCUACUUUAAGACAGUUCAGCAAGCACCGUACGGACUCAACAAGAGCGAAAUAUCUAAAGACGAAUGCUGAGUAUAAACAGCUCAAUAAUCGUCUCUACUUGCUUAUCAAGACCGUCUGCAGAGACGCCUUAAGGUAA